GUUCUGUUUCUCACAUCAAUGCGACCCCUUGUUAUUACCCUUGUAUAUUUUGGUUACACAACUGGUUUGAUUUAUUUUUGAUAUUAUUGGGGGUUCCUUUUUUGGGACCCAAACGUGCAUUUUCUCAGAUGUGUAUGUUUUUUCACUUGCACGCCUUUGGGUGGAUUACACAGGUCAUGCCGUUGAAAAUGAGGAUGAUCAAUUUCCAGGAGUUUUCAAAAGGAUUCAGUUCAUUUACUCCACGAGCUUCAUUUCGACGGAAGUUCGGGAGCUACAACACGUUUAUUGUGAACCGCCCAUUGGCUGAUACGAAGUCCCUGGCAGUCUCAGAUGGAGACUUGAACAGCCCUGAGGUGGAUGGGCGGCGUGGCAGCAGUCAGAGCCUGAACAGCAACGCCAGCAGGCCCAGUGUGAAGAGUGGGGGUCAUCGUGGUGUUGAGGGGUCAGUGGCCAGCUGGGCGGUCUCCUUUGAAAGGCUCCUUGAGGAUCCCACUGGGGUCCGCUACUUUACGGAGUUCUUGAAAUCCGAAGUUAGUGCUGAGAAUAUACUAUUCUGGCAGGCGUGUGAGAAAUUCAGACAGAUCCCGGCAGAUCGCAAAGAUGAGCUUGCCAGGGAAGCUCGGAUGAUUUACGACACCUACCUGUCAAUCAGUGCGUUCAACGCCAUUAACAUUGAUGACACGGCCCGGAUGGAGGAGAGUGAGCUGAGGGACCCCAAGACAGAUAUGUUUGCAAAACCACAGCAGCAGAUCUUUAAACUCAUGAAGUUCGACAGCUAUACCCGCUUUGUAAAGUCCCAGCUGUACCAGAGCUGCAUGCUUGCCAAUGUGGAAGGAGGAUCCCUGCCUGACCUUUGCCCUAGCUCCAGGAGCCCAGGUUCUAUAAAAAGCCCAGUCAAUCACAGCCCAGCAUUGAGUGACUCCUCCAAGAAGAAGAAAAAACUGAAAGUGGGGGUAUCUCUUCCAUUUGACUCGGAAGACUUUGCAUCCAGAAAAAGAGCAACACUGGACAGUCGACAGGGUCCAGAGAAAUCCAGCAAAAGAGACAAGAGGAGAGAGAAGCGAGGCUCCUGGGGAGAAUUCUCUGACCACAGUCAAGCGAUGGUGGGGCGCCGUGAGUCCCAGUCCUCAGUCCAUUCAGCUGCCAGCCUGGAGCUAGGACAACUUGGGUCCCUUACCAACAAAUCUGAGAACGGCAGGUCCAGCCCUCGCUGUCAGGAUGCAGAGAAGGAGGGCCGCACUGUGAAGUACUGCUGUGUUUACCUCCCUGAUGGCACUGCUUCCCUGGCCCCAGCACGCUUCGGGCUCACCGUCCGGGACAUGCUGUCUGGAAUCUGUGAGAAGAGAGGAAUCCCAUUGUCUGGAGUCAAGAUCUAUCUGCAGGACAAGGACAAGCCUCUUUCGCUUGACCAAGACAGCUCUGUCCUGAUGGACAAGCAGGUGCUGUUGGAGACCAGGAUAACAUUUGCGUUAGAAAUGGUGCCUCUCAAUAAAACCAUAGGAAUUGCAGCUAAAUCCAGUAAAAGCUUGCUUGAAGCUCUGGAACCCAUCCUGGGGAAGAAUGGCCUGAAGUUGCAGGAUAUGGAAGCUACAAUUAGUGGAGAAACACAUCCUUUAAAAAUGAACAUGCCAGUCACGUCCCUGGCCAACAAGAAAGUGGUUCUGGACAGAGUAAAAGGUAAAGAUAACACAACCCCACCCUGUGCUCCAGUGAUCCAGGUUAAUGCGAGAUCAGCAGCAGCUGUGGAUGUGAAGAAGGCAGAAAUGCCCUUGCUGGCCAGAAACCAAAUCAGAGGGAACACCAAAGCCAGAAAUGCUAUGCAGAGGAGAACUUACGAAGUGGACGGACUGAUCGAUCUGCUUUCGAAAGUGCAGAGCUGCCGAGUGGAUGACCAGCGGGGACUUCUGAAUAAGGAGUACUUGGUUAUCCCCCAGUUCCUGCAGCUGCCUGUGAAGGAAGAGGAACCAGAUGAAGAUGAAGGCACCACAGCAGAAGAGACGUUGAUUAGUCCGGGACCUGCCAGCAGCAUGGUCACGGGUGAGGGCUGCAGGCCGCACACUGAAGCGAACGCAGAAACCAUCUCUGCAUCUUCACGGUCUAAAGAGGCUCCUUCCAAGGAACUGCAUACAAAUGAGCUACUAAACCACAGUGCUGGAGCAGACAGUGAUUCAGACUGUCAACUCUCGCAAAAGCAACCAAGUAGCGAAACGGCAGACAGCAAUGGACCCUCAACACUGGCUCGCUGUGCAAAAACAGAAUCUGGUACUGAAAGCGUUCCAUGACCGGAGAGACAGAUGGAACUUGGAUGCACCUUAAUAAAUAUAGAUUUCAUUUGAAUGUUGAUGGGUUUCACUUUCAUUUUUGCUUUGACUGGAAGAUAUCCAGCCGUUUUAAAUGUUGACCAGUGAAUUGUAUUUGAAUGAUCCUGAGUUGCACAGGGAAGGACAGCAGCAGUGAGAGGACAGUGUUGAGUUUUUAUUUAUAUUUCUAUUUAUUUAAUCCAUGUACUGUAGGAAGAUACACCCCCAGAACCAACCACACUUUAAACCUUCUUAUUUUAAUUCGAGGCAGACCUGCCAACACACGAAGACCAGUUUCUAUGUCCAGGAAUUCUUGGUCCGUAUUGCCAGAUAGCAACUCUUGGACUCCUUUUUUUACUUAUCGAUGCAAAAUAGCACAAAUUGUCAAAAUUGAUCAAAAUCCCAACCUGAAGGUAAGUGAAGUGCAGUGUCCUUUUAAUAGGAAAACAUGAGUCGUUAAUGUAUUGGAAGAUUAACUACUGUAAUUGAAGAAUGUGGUAAGAAAUACAUGCAUGUGGACUGGGCCAUGUUAAUUUAUUGUUCAAUGUGAACACAAUGCAACAUGACUCAUUCACAUCUUCUAUGUUGACACUAUUAGACAUGUGAUUCAAUUAAAUUCACAUGUGUAGCCAACAGUAACGCAAUUGGGUAUUUUUUGUUGUUGUCACUCUUCAGUUGGGGAAUCUACCGUAAACUUGCAUUCCACACAAUUCCCAACUGACACUGCAAAUAUAUAUAUAUUUUUUUGGUUUACCUUUUUUUAGUUUGCACUUGGCUUGUGUUUAAGAACUUAAAAGAUUGUUCAAGCACUUGUAUUGUUUCUUUCUGUUGUACCAUUGUAAUAUAGCAUUUAGAUUUAAAUGCAACCAAUUUGAAAGAAAAAAAUUAACGUGUACAUCUUGCAUGUCUAGUUUUAUCCAUCAAAAUUCAAUUAAUCAUUAAUAUUGUUUUCUUAACACUUGUAUUAUAAACUAUCUAACCUAUAGAGGAUGUUGCUUAAUGUGGGAGUGCAAAGAAAAUUAAAUGUAAUUGGCAUUUUUAGUUGGGCAGUCUGUUAAAUUUAGACAGGUGCCAUACUUUUAUUAUAGUUUACACUACUCAAGCACCACCUUCAGAAUGUUUUCAAAAGUUUGCCAUAAUACAUUUGCAUAGAUUUGUACAUUACCUUACUUUGGAAUUUGAUAUGCUUUGGCGUACCACAACAGGAAAUAUCACAUUGUAUUAUUCACUCAAAUAAAGCACCCUUUUCAACUUCUCAAAUAACACACCAGCAAAAAAUAUUAGCAAAGCAUGAAUCUGAUUUAGUUUCGGUGUAUUCCCACAUCGACCACAGCGGUGUCAAGAAUGAACCAAGGAGCACCAGGAGAAAGUACUGCAAGAUGCAUGUGGACUCACUAAAUAAUAUAUUUCUAGUAUUGUUCUUGUUUUGUUCUUUCAUUAAUUUACAUUUCUCUUAUUGUGUAUGUGAUUUGUUCCUAUGUGUAAGUUUGCUACCAAUGUGUAUUUAUUUUAGAAUUAAGAGAAUGCAGUCAUGCUUUGCUUUCCUCUGGCAUUCCCAGUUUGUUCUCGGCCACUAUAUGUUCCUACCUCGCUACAUACUGUGCUUUGAAUACUUGAUAUUCUUUGAGGGGGUCUGGGGCAAAACCAGCUUAAAUAACACCAAUUUUCUAUUUGAAAAGCUAACUUUUACAGGAAAUAGUGGACACUUUUACUGUUGCAUAAUGAAGGGAUUUUCUGACUAUGACAUGACAAGCAGCUUGCUAGUGCAUCAAAUAUGUCGGCUUUAUGUAAUGCAAUUUUUGUAUUUGCACAGUUCCUGUGUGAAGAGGUAAGUGUCUAAUUGCUAGAUAUCAAUUCAAUGAAUGCCUUAUGGCAUGGGAACUUCACCAAGAUCCCCAGCCAAGGCAACCUCAGCAAGCAUACGGCACUGUCUGCAUGUUCAGUAUGAGGCUUUGAAAUGUAAUGGUGCAGGAUGCUAUGCCUUGGGAGCCCCUUCUAAGUGUGAUGGACUGCAGCAGGUGGCUCCACUUGAUACCAGUGACCACAGGGGGCUGGCUUGUUGGCAGGGUAGGACAAUAACCAAGGUCCAUUUGUCAGGUCAUUAAACUAGAAUAACAUUUUUACAGUGUUAAAAAAUGGCAAGACUAUUGUGCAUACUUUGGAAGAUAUGACAGGUGAAACUAGGUUUAAAUUAUGUAUGCCUUUUCACCCACAACAGGGGUUUUGUGUAGAAUCUGAAUUCCAAAGAUAAUGAACUGCGCAAAGGCAGAAGGAGAAGAAUACUCCUAGAAUGUAAGGCAGUCAGAAUCCUGAAAUUUGAUACAUUUCGUAGGAAAUUGCCCCAUUUUCUAAAUCAAGGAGACACACUUCUUGUGUUGUACUGCUGAUACUGUUGUAAAUUAAAAUCCUGAACAUAAGCAUUUGGGCACAUAAAAGCAGUGUGAUUUUUAAAGCCAUCUUAUCAGUCCAAUUUUAGCACUAAUCUGACUGUACUUCCACAUCAAGUAAGGUGGACCAAGAUUAGCAUUAAAUUGGGUCCAUUCAACAAGCAGAUUUGUUCUAUUUUGAAGGCAACCUAUGAUGGGCUUCUGUAAUUCCUCUCCCUAUGCUAAAAUCUGUGAUGCACACUCGAGUUGUAUUUUGUUGCAGUCUCAUCCUGUCGAAAUCUAAUGUGCUAAUAACAUGCAUGUGUUAAAUAAAAGUCGUAACAGUG